UAGUUGAUCAUUGAGGAGCAGGAUGAACAGUUGGAGCUGGUCUCUGGCAGCAUUUCUGUACUGAAGCACAUGUCGGGGCGGGUUGGAGAGGAACUUGAUGAACAAACUAUAAUGCUAGAAGACUUUGCUCACGAGAUGGACAGCACUCAGAGCGGCAUAGAUGGGGUGCUCAAAAAGAUGGGCAGAGUCUCCCACAUGGCCCGUGGAAGACGUCAGUGGUGCAUCAUCUGCCUAUUGGUCAUCACUGGUGUGGUGAUAUUGAUCCUUCUUUUUGCUCUGUGGCCAACUGACAGAUGAACAUAGGGAAAAUGGAAACGAUGCCACCAACCCCAUUCCUUU